AUGCAAAGCUCAACUCUCACAGCGGAAGGUUCUGUCAAGGGGCUUCCAGAAAUUCUCGGUGUGCCAAUGCAACAGAUCCCCCAGUGCGCUGGCUGCAGCCAGCACAUCCUGGAUAAGUUUAUCCUGAAAGUCCUCGACCGGCACUGGCACGGCUCUUGCCUCAAGUGUGCAGAUUGCCAAAUGCAGCUGGCAGACCGAUGCUUCUGCAGAGCCGGGAGCGUCUAUUGCAAAGAAGACUUCUUCAAACGCUUCGGUACGAAAUGCACGGCGUGCCAGCAGGGAAUCCCACCCACGCAAGUGGUCAGGAAGGCCCAGGACUUCGUCUAUCACCUGCACUGCUUCGCCUGCAUCAUCUGCAACCGCCAACUUGCCACGGGUGACGAGUUCUACCUCAUGGAGGACGGGCGGCUGGUGUGCAAGGAGGACUACGAGACGGCCAAGCAGAACGAUGAUUCAGAAGCGGGAGCUAAGAGACCCCGGACCACCAUCACAGCCAAGCAGCUGGAAACAUUAAAAAAUGCCUAUAAAAACUCCCCCAAACCAGCCAGGCACGUGCGGGAACAGCUCUCCUCUGAGACUGGACUGGACAUGCGAGUUGUACAGGUUUGGUUUCAAAACAGAAGGGCCAAAGAGAAACGUCUGAAGAAAGAUGCUGGGCGGCAUCGCUGGGGCCAGUUCUACAAGAGUGUCAAGCGGAACCGAGGGGGAAGCAAACAUGAAAAAGAGAGCUCUGCUGAGGACUGCGGAGUUAGUGACAGUGAGCUGAGCUUCAGAGAAGACCAAAUCCUCUCAGAGCUCGGCCACAACAACCGAAUUUACGGCAGUGCCGGCGAGGUGCCUGGCGGACAGCUAAUGAAUGGUACUUUCUCAAUGGAUGGGACGGGCCAAUCCUAUCAGGACUUGCGAGAUGGAAGCCCGUAUGGAAUCCCACAGUCUCCAGCCUCCAUAUCGUCCCUUCCAUCACAUACUCCAUUGCUAAAUGGUCUGGAUUACGCAAUGGACAAUAAUUUAGGAAUAAUAGCACAUGGAGGGCAGGGGGUGAGCCAGACACUCAGAGCUAUGGCUGGGGGCCCAACCUCUGAUAUUUCUACUGGAAGCAGCGUUGGUUAUCCAGACUUUCCAACAAGUCCUGCCUCUUGGCUUGACGAAAUGGAUCAUCCUCCUUUUUAAAGUAUCACAUUCCCUUCAAUUCUGCCAUAUUCUCACCUGCUCUUUUCGCCUAAAAGCAUACUAAAAACAAACCUAAUGAGGGACGGCCGUCAAACUUCAAGGAUCACAAGUGUGCCAUCCCAAGAAAGUUUCCAUUAUUUUAGAAUGGGAAUCCACUAUUUGUUUCUUGUAGAGCUGAAAGAAAAUAUGGUAUUAAUAUAUAUAUAUAAAUAUAUAUUUGCUUUCUGUUUGAAAGAGUGGGACAGUAGGAGGAGCUGCUUCUGGAUACAGCACACUGGCGUGUAUACUACUUGUAUGACCUGACCUUAGGGGUGCAAGUUAUAGGAAAUACAAGUUCAUUGACUCUUUCCAUGGAGCGCUGCUGUUGAGUGUGAUGCGAGCACAUGUUGAAAAGACUAAACAAGUUUUUGGCCUUGGGCAACUCCACAUCAACUCUCACAUAUGGAUGGCAAGGCCAUCGUCCUGUUUCCUUGACUCUAGGCACCCAAACUAUGAAGAUGCAAUAUUUCUAAAGCCAGGCUGCAGAGAGAGACCCCUAAAGGGAGGAAGAGCAAUUGGGAGUUCACGGUUUUAGCCCUUCCAUUUUCCCACUCUUCCACUUCUCUGUU